AUUUUCCAUUUCUUUUUACAGGUACACAUUAAACCGCCUUACCACUUUUAUUUUUAUAUUUUAUUACUAGUAAUAUUUUAUAUCAUAUUUCUUCUUUUUCUCAAAACUUCUCCAAGCAUAUAAACCCAAACCCCCUCUUCUAAGAUUCCAAAGAAAUUAAAAAAAAAAACACCUACUUUACAAAUAAGUAAAGUAAACUAAUUAAAAAAAGAUCUCUUGUUUACCUUCACUUUCAUUUCCAUUCCUCUCAUCCCUUCUCCCCCACAAAAAAAAUGUCUUCCAAAAGGAACCAAACCAGUAGUAGUAGCAGCCCAAUUGGAAGCCCAUCAUCACCUGAUAGCUUAUCCAAAGAACAAGACAAGUUUCUGCCAAUAGCCAAUGUUAGCAGAAUCAUGAAGAAGUCACUCCCUGCAAAUGCAAAAAUCUCAAAAGAAGCUAAAGAAACUGUCCAAGAAUGUGUCUCUGAGUUCAUAAGCUUCAUAACAGGGGAAGCCUCAGACAAGUGUCAAAGAGAAAAAAGGAAGACAAUUAAUGGAGACGACCUCUUGUGGGCCAUGACAACUCUGGGCUUUGAGAAUUAUGUUGGACCCCUUAAAGUUUAUCUCAAUAAAUAUAGAGAAGUUGAGGAAGAGAAGAACUCCAUGGCCAUAGCUAGGCAAGAAGAAAACUCCCCUACUCACACCACUACUACUCCUUCUCAUACUUUUCCAAAUAACAAAGUUGAUUUUCAGAAUUUCAGUGUUGGUGGGUUUUAUUCAGUUGGUGGUCCCAAGAGCUAUAAUAUUGGAGAAAUUAAUGGAAUGGUUAAUAUUGGGUAUGGAGAUAAUAAUAACUAUAUGAAUGGGAUUCAUGAGACUACUAUUACUACUACAACUACUACUGGUGUUGGUGGUGAUCAUGGAAAUCCAAACAGGGCUGUGGUGGCUGCUCAGCUUCAUCAUCAUGGGAAUAUUGGAUGGUAGAGAUCAUGAAUUUUAUUUCACCUCUAUGAUGAUCUGAUUAUAUUUACAUUAAGUUUGAUUGUUUGUUUGUUCAAGUUUCUUUCCAUUGAACAUUUUAGUUAACAGUUUAAUGAAGGGUUUAAAUGUUAUAAUAUUACAAUAUUUUAGCAGACAGUUUUUGUAUAAUUCUGCUUCAAGAAUUCACAUCUCUUAAAUUCUCAUA